AUGGAUAUUCCCAGCGCUGCCUCUUUGCAGUUCAUCGACAAAGUCGAUACGCUUCUCGAUACGUCCUCUCUCACUACACCUCAGCUCGUGCUUUAUGCCACCGAGUCUAUUCACUUUCUCUCAUCGCAACCUGACUCUGUCAGGCUAUACCUUGGUCUCGAUCUGUCUCACCUUCUUCAUGCCAUGUUAGACGCAUCGGACAUAUGUGGGGAGGGCUCGACGAGAUAUACGGCUUGUUCAAUCAUAGCAUGUGAUCAUGAGCAUGUCGGAAAACGUUUGCUGGUCAGCCUCGGGCAGACAUGGCUCUCUCACUUUCUUUGGGUUGUAAAAGCGAACGACUCAGAAGUCAAUCCAUUACUUGCAAAACAGGUUCUCGUGCGCGAUGCUCAUCAGUGCGUCGCUACGAAAUGGUAUGACCAGAACCACACUCCCUCGGCAUACAUAGGUCCACGAGCUAUCGUUAAAACAUGCCACAUUGUAAGGCCAAUUGUAGGCAUAUACAAGGCUAUUGCAACUGAAAAUGCUGGUAACGAAGAGUACCUCAGCCACAUUGUAACUUGGCACAUCAUAAAAAACUACUCCAAUCUUCCCGAAACCUCCAUCAACACAUUAGACUUUGGCAUGCAGGAGGCACAAAACGGGAUUUCACUUGAGCUAUACGCAUAUCACGGGUUUGCAAACUACGAAUGGUGUUUGACGCACAUUAAGGAGGACGAAUACGACAUCACCAUAAUGGGCACGCUCAAUCCUUUCAUACUCCCUCCCCCAUCUAUUUCGAUAUCCUUUAAAGGGCGUCAGAGACGCAAGAGUAAAGAGAAGUGUGGUGAUACCCAACGCGAAACUUGUGGUGGACAUCGACGCAGCCUCUCAAACGAAACUAUCGUGAGUGAAGGAUCUUCGACCGACGAAUCGAAGCCGUGUCGCGUCGGGACGAGCAUACGAAAACGUCAAGUCGCACGUCCCAAUGCUCACUUCCUUGCCUUUCAUGCCGCCAUCUGUAACGUUUUGCACCAGAGUGGAGCUCGUGACCUGUUGAAUAAAUUGCUUCGUAUGAAUUCAAAUAGCACGGAUAGUCCUCAUGUGUUGCAUUAA